CUGUAAUUUGAGAGCCUGGAGAUCCUAAGGAUAUCAUUAGCCAGAGGAAAAGCUCUGCAUUACCAAUCCAGGAGUUGGAAUAGUAGCAAGCAGCCCAAAGCCCCAGACAAGACUAUCUGAUCGCCAGAAUCCCUUCCCUUUCUUGCUGAUUUUCUUCCCUUCAGCUCAGCUGCGCUUCAUCUCCUUGGGAAGAAGGGACCAGUCUUCCAGUGGGGGGAAAAAAAAGGGAAUCCCCAGAACAGACACUCCACCUGAAUCCUCAGCGGGAGGAAAGGGUCCCCUCCUUCCUCAGAAGCAGAGAUUCUGAAUUGCUGCCAGGGAGAGGGGUGUCUCUCAAGGAAGGACGGGAGGAAAGAGCCCAGGCUGGGUGAACCCCAAGAACUGCAAAGGAGAUGAUGUGCUCUGUGGUGAACCUACAUGAAGCCUGCUAAGUGUCUGGGGUCUGGGACUCAGUCUGCUCCAGCAGAGCAGUGACUUGGGGUGAGGAGGGGGCUGCUGCUUCUCCCUUCGCUCUGAUCUUCCCGUGACCUCUAACCCUCCGCCCCCGACCUCCCGCCUCAGCGUCCAGGAUGCGGGGGCUCUGGUACAUCUGGAUGAGUUUCCUCUGCCAUCUGUGCCACGGCUAUUUCGACGGGCCCCUCUACCCGGAGAUGUCCAACGGGACCCUGCACCACUACUUUGUGCCAGACGGGGACUACGAGGAGAAUGACGACCCGGAGAAAUGUCAGCUGCUCUUCCGAGUGAGUGACCACAGGCGCUGUUCCCAGGGGGAGCCGGGGCCGGCCAGCAGUCUGCUGAGCCUCACCCUGAGGGAGGAGUUCACCGUGCUGGGCCGCCAGGUGGAAGAUGCCGGCAGGGUGCUGGAGGGCAUCAGCAAGAGCAUCUCCUACGACCUGGACGGGGAGGAGAGCUACGGGAAGUACCUGCGCCGGGAGUCCAAUCAGAUCGGGGAUGCUUACUCCAACUCCGACAAGUCUCUCACCGAGCUGGAGAGCAAGUUCAAGCAGGGCCGGGAACAGGAGGGCAGGCAGGACGGGAGGCUCAAUGAUGACUUUCUGGGCAUGCUGAUUCACACCCGCUCCCUGCUUAAGGAAACCUUGGAUGUCUCCGCGGGGCUGAGGGAUAAGUAUGAGCUGCUCCACUUAACCAUCCGCAGCCAUGGCACCCGAUUAGGGAGGCUCAAAAAUGAUUAUCUCAAAGUGUAGAUGAGGCUCCCAGAAACACACAGAAGUGAAGAGACUCUCAACACUAUGUCGGAGCCAUAACUGCUCUUCCCAGUUUUUUUCCCCCCCUCCCAGAUUGAUACUUUGGAUUUCCCUUUGAAAAGUAAGUCUGGGGUACUAUUCAAAGCAAAGAAAGUCCAGCUAUAUCACUCUGUUUGGUAUUUGUGGUUGUGGUUGCUACCGAUUGUUUUUCUGCUUAAAAAAAGCACUCCAGCAACUUCCAAAAGGGCUUUGGGAUCAUUCCUGAUCAUCUACUCCUACCAGCCCAGUUACUCCCAUGUUUCGAAAAUCACCUGGAAGCCGGGAAGUCAACAGACUUUCCCCCCAAGGACUCUGAGCUCAUAAUCAUUUGUUCUGCUUGGGAGAGUCAUAAAACCUCAGCAUGUCCUGUAUAUAACCUUGAUCCACGUUUUCAUUUAGCAAUCUAGCAGCUAAAUCUCUGGGUUUAUUCUUCGCCGCCUCCUUUUCUCUCUUAUUUAUUAGCUGUGGUUUCUAUCGUUUUAGGGAAGGAAUCCGCAGUUGUACUCCCCUUACAAUGAGUGGGGAAAUCUCUUCCCUGCAUUUCAGCGAUUAAAAAGGCUGUGAGACACGUGUCCCAGCUGUUGUGCUUACAAAUCCCAGUAACCCAAAGAGGGUCUUUGCUGCCCCCGUGCUCCAAAGCUGGAUUGUCUCCAGUUGAGUGCCUUUGGCACUUAAAAAUGGCCAAGACCUUAGCGAGUUUAAAAGGAAGAGCUGUUUGGGGUACAUCUUUAGAUGCUCAACACAUGGGCUCUCAGUGUAUCAUUUUAAUAUAGGGUUUUGAAUAUCUUUUUUUAUAAGUCCAGGAAUCCUGAGAACCUACUAACUCUUUAGUUGUCCUAAGUUUAUUAUUCAGACAAUAAAUGUAUUCUCAUGUUAUAUAUCUCCUUCUUUUGUAACUUAAGGCUGUGAUUGCCACUCAUGUUUUAAAGAGUUGGCCAAUGAUGGAUGUAAACCCAAUUUCUUAGACUAAGUAUUAAAUAAAGCAGGGAGAAGGAUUUCUCAUGUUGUUUCUUCACUCUUUACCAGCUCCUGUUGUUUAAAAAAUGCCAACAAUCUCCUAGCCUGUGCUGGGACAUCAUGGGUAAACUUCACAAUUUUAUGCACUGAGCUGGACUACUUAAAAGUAUCUCGUGGAGACAGACAGGAAAAGUACACAGUUCACCAGCAAGUUCCAGCAGCUUCACUGAGGAGCUGAGUGAUUUCCAGAGCUGUUGGAUUCCAGGAAUUGCAGGGCCAGUAAGGACAGUACUAACCCUUUAUAUGUCAUUUCAAUAAAUAUUUAAAGAAGUGGAAA